ACCUGACCUCCCCCCACACCAUUACCCAGCCAGCAGGGCGCUGAGCGGCCGGGGGGGCUGGUACUUGGGGGGCCGGACUUGGCCUCCCCCCACACUGUUACCCAGCCACCAGGGCGCUGAGCGGCGGGGGGGGCCUGGUACUUUGGGGGACGGACCUGACCUCCCCCCACACCAUUACCCAGCCAGCAGGGCGCUGAGCGGCGGGGGGGGGGCUGGUACUUGGGGGGCCGGACCUCCGACCCCCCCCCACACCAUUACCCAGCCAGCAGGGCGCUGAGCGGCCGGGGGGGCCUGGUACUUUGGGGGACGGACCUGACCUCCCCCCACACCAUUACCCAGCCAGCAGGGUGCUGAGCGACGGCGGGGGGGCUGGUACUUGGGGGGCCGGACUUGGCCUCCCCCCCCACCAUUACCCAGCCAGCAGAGCGCUGAGCGGCGGGGGGGGGGCCUGGUACUGUGGGGGACAGACCUGACCUCCCCCCACACCAUUACCCAGCCAGCAGGGUGCUGAGCGGCCGGGGGGGCUGGUACUUGGGGGGCUGUAGCCCUGACCCCCCCCACCUUUACCCAGCCAGCAGAGCGCUGAGCGGCCGGGGGGGCUGGUACUUGGGGGGCUGUAGCCCUGACCCCCCACACACCAUUACCCAGCCAGCAGGGUGCUGAGCGGCCGGGGGGGCUGGUACUUGGGGGGCUGUAGCCCUGACCCCCCACACACCAUUACCCAGCCAGCAGGGCGCUGAGCGGCGGGGGGGGCCUGGUACUGUGGGGGACAGACCUGACCUCCCCCCACACCAUUACCCAGCCAGCAGGGCGCUGAGCGGCCGGGGGGGCUGGUACUUGGGGGGCUGUAGCCCUGACCCCCCCCACCUUUACCCAGCCAGCAGAGCGCUGAGCGGCCGGGGGGGCUGGUACUUGGGGGGCUGUAGCCCUGACCCCCCAUACACCAUUACCCAGCCAGCAGGGCACUGAGCGGCCGGCGGGGCUGGUACUUGGGGGGCUGUAGCCCUGACCCCCCCCACCUUUACCCAGCCAGCAGAGCGCUGAGCGGCCGGGGGGGCUGGUACUUGGGGGGCUGUAGUCCUGACCCCCCCACACCUUUACCCAGCCAGCAGGGCGCUGAGCAGUAGGGGUGGUGAUUGGUACUUGGGGGGCCGGAGCCCUGACCCCUAGCCCCCCCAGACCCCCCCCACUGAGCAGCGUACUGGGCAGUCAUGGUGCUGAGCAGUGGGGGGGGGAGAGUGAGGGAUUGGUACUUAGGGGGCUGGAAUCCUGACCCCCAUCUCCCCCCAGGGCCCCCCCACCGGGCGGCAUACUGGGCAGCCAUGCUGCUGAGUGGUGAGGGGGAGAGAGAGAGUGGGGGAUUGGUACUUAGGGGGCCGAAGCCUUGACCCCCAUCUCCCCCAGGGCCCCCCCACCGGGCGGCAUACUGGGCAGCCAUGCUGCUGAGUGGUGAGGGGGAGAGAGAGAGUGGGGGAUUGGUACUUAGGGGGCCGAAGCCUUGACCCCCAUCUCCCCCAGGGCCCCCCCACAGGGCGGCAUACUGGGCAGCCAUGCUGCUGAGUGGUGAGGGGGAGAGAGAGAGUGGGGGAUUGGUACUUAGGGGGCCGAAGCCUUGACCCCCAUCUCCCCCCAGGACCCCCCCCCACUGGGUGGCACACCAGGCUCCCACGGCACUGAGAUGUGGGGGAGGAGCAGUGGGGGGUGUUGGGAGCCCUGACCCCCCAUCUCCCUCCAGGGCCCCACCCUGGGCAGCGUACCGGGCAGCUAUGGUGCUGAGCGGGGCAGGCGACGCGCUGGGCUACCGGAACCAGCGCUGGGAGUACUGCCCCUCGGGCCCCCAGAUCCAUGCCGAGCUGGCCCAGCUCGGGGGGCUGGGAGGCAUCCAGGCUGUGCCCCCCGACUGGCCUGUCAGCGAUGACACUGUCCUGCACCUGGCGACCGCUGAGGCCCUGGCCACCGGACUGGAGGGGGAGCCAUUGCUGCAGGAGCUGGCACGAGGCUACGUGGCAGCGAUGGGUGACAUGGAGGGGAGGAAACCCGGCCCCACCAGCAUCCUGGGGACAUCCCAGCUGCGCCCGGGCGAGCCAGCCGGGUACCGGAUCCCCUUCAACCCCAGUGCCACCGGCUGCGGGGCCGCCAUGCGCUCCAUGGCCAUCGGGCUCAGGUACCCACGCCCCACGGAGCUGCUGACCCUGAUCCGGCUCAGCGUGGAGAGCGGGCGCAUGACGCACCAUCACCCCACAGGGUACCUGGGGGCACUGGCUUCAGCCCUGUUCACGGCCUAUGCAGUGCAGGGGCUACCCCUGGUGCAGUGGGGGGCCGGCCUGCUGCAGACGCUACCCCUGGCCCAAACCUAUGUGCAAGACGCAGGUGUCGACACCCAGCCCAACCUGGACGCCUGGGGGUACUUCCCCCAGAAAUGGGCCUGGUACCUGGCUGAGCGGGGCCUGGCCAAAGGACACGGCCCCCCACGGUUCCCCUCCCCCUAUGGCCCGGCAGAGCGGGACGGGAUCUACCAGACCUUCAGCCUGGAGGGCUGGGCGGGGCGCAGCGGACACGACGCCCCCAUGAUCGCCUACGACGCGCUGCUGGGAGCUGGCGACCGCUGGGAUGAGCUCUGCAGCCGGGCCAUGUUCCACGGAGGAGACAGCGACUCGACGGGUGUCAUUGCGGGGUGCUGCUGGGGGCUGGCGCACGGGCUGGCCGGGGUUCCCGAGGGGAAUCACCGACACCUGGAGUACAGGCACCGCAUGGAGGCAGCCGCCGACCGGAUCCACGCCCUGGCCUGGGGGGAGAGCGCCCUAUGAGCAGGGGGACCCCCCUCCCAAGCAUGCCACUCCCCCGGCACUGCCCGGACACCCCACCACAGGCCAGGGCUGGAUUUGGGGGGUCCCCCAUUCCCCAGACACAUGGGGGAGGGCAGCAAAUUCCCAGCCCCCUCAUGGGCCCCCACCCACUAGCACCUCCUACUGCUGCACCCAGGUCACCAGGCUCCUGUCUCCAGGGGUCUCCCAGGUCAGCGUCGGGCUGCUUCUGGCACCACCCUGCUCAAUAAACCCCUGUCUCCUGCC